AUAGUCAAAGGGAGGGACACAAAGAGAAAGGACAGGAGGGGUCUGGAAAAGGAAGUGCAGGGGUGCAGGUUUCUCUGCUCUUGCCCAACCUGUUGAUGCAAGGUAAAAACAAGCCUCUCUCGCAGUGACUUCAGACCUCUGGAGACCUCAUCCGCUCUUCCAAGUCUUCCUGUUUGCUUGAGAUAUGGAUACAUCAUCAGGAUAAGAAGGUCCUUCACGCUAACCCGCCAAAUAUCCAAAUAUUUAUUGAAAACCUCAAAACUCCCAAGAAGUUUGGAGCGAGAUUUAAGGGGAAGAAUUUGACUCGCAUCCCAAAGGAUUAAAGGAGAAAGGACCUUCUGUAACAAAGGGACUGAACACCCCCCAUGUGGAUUGCUAAAACGAAUAUGGCCUUUCUAUCCGAGAGAAGCCUUUUCCCCGUCCUCCUCCUCUUCUACGUCCCUCUCACCUGCCUAUGCCAGUCCAACAGCAGCUCAAUCAACACCACAACCACUUCCUCUCCUUCCCAAAAUGUUACUUCCCUGAAGGGCGUGCCGGGCUGCAGAAGAACACUGAACCCCAUCUAUAGGUACCUGUGUGACCGUCGGGCAGCUUGGGGUAUCGUACUGGAGACCCUGGCCUCUGCAGGCUUCCUGUUCAGCAUUGGUCUCCUCUUAUGCCUGCUGUUCUGGGCUCUGUGUAUCUGUGCUUCAUCGAAGCGACAACGCACCGGCAUUGGAGGAACACUGGCGUGCAUGUCCAUGUUCUUGUUCGCCACAGCUGGGAUCUUUGCCAUCACCUUCUCCUUCAUCAUCCGCCUCACCCCUCAAACCUGCCCAACCAGAAUCUUCCUCUUCGGCGUGUUCUUCUCCUUGGCUUUCUCCUGCCUGCUGGCUCGCUGCCUCGCUCUGCUAGGCUUCGCAGCUACCCGGGGAUGGGGGGAGGCUGGCGUGGCCCUGGGGCUCUUCAUCGUGCAGGUUAUCAUUGCUACCCAGUGGCUGAUCCUCGUGUUGGUCCGGGACAACAACCUUUGCAAGUACAGCCAGGAGGAAUUUGCCAUGCUGCAGAUCUACGUGUUGUCCCUUCUGGCUAUCAGCUUGAUCCUCGCCAUGCACUUACUGUGCCGCUCCUGUUUCACGUACAGCUACAGCUACACAGGAGCCAGCGAGCAGGGCAGGAUGCAGGCCACACUGCUCUUCCUCACACUGCUGCUCUCCGCCUGCAUCUGGAUUGUGUGGAUCGUUAUGCUCACCAAAGGAAGUCCUGAGUUGGGCCACCGGCCACGGUGGGAUGACCCGGUGCUUAGCAUCGCCUUGGUGGCAAACGGUUGGGUGUUUCUGAUGGGGCAUGGGUUGUCCCAGAUGGCCUUCCUCUGCAGGGGUGAAGCCAAGUCCAAGGACAUCCCUCUGAGCUUUGCAGGCUGGACCAGCCAAGGUGCUGAUAUGCCAGGACUGAACAGCCCGAAAGAGGGGAAAGAAAACGGAAGCUUCGAGAGCGACAAGGAGCACAGGAGAGGCAGGAGAGCCGAGGAAUCGCUGCGAUCGCCCUACGAGUCCGGAUUCUCCAUGACAGAAAUUGACCCUGACAAAGAUUUCAGCAUCCCUCGCCCUCAGACCACCAACUACAGGGAACCUUAUGAUGAAUAUUACGGACAUGAUUAAAGUCAUAUUCAUGUCUGGCUUUCACACACAAAGCGGAGAGUGACUGCACUGAUCUGUACUUUGGCACAAAAAUCGCGUUUUUUUUUCUAUGUUUAAUUUUCUUGUGCAAAUGUAAAUAUGUUAGCGUUGUAAAGAAAUGUUCAAAAUCUGCCAUGAAGACGCAAAAAUACUCCGUCCCUACAGAAGAAGAAAGAAAAAGCAACAAAGCAGCGGCAUGACUCAUCUGAUUGAGCUUCAUCAUCGACGCUGGAACUUGUUUCUGACGGGAAAUCCACAUCACAAAUGCUGAGUGGAAGUGAGUCUCUACGGCGUUGUUUGUCUGUGUGUGUGUGUGUGCUACUCUGAGAUGGUAUAUAAUAGCCCUGAGGUGAUUGAAGAGGCGUGAAACUGUCACUCCGAAGGUGCCAAACCGCUAAGCAGAGCAGAGGCAUUCGUGAAUGGUGAAAGAGGAGGGAUGAAACAAGAGAGAGAGAGAGAGGGAGGAACGAGAGGAGAUGAGAUGAGACAGGAGGAGGACAGGACGGGAGACCUGUCGGCACCGUGGGAGGCCUGUGCCAUCACUAAUUAACAUCUUAAUAUUCAAAGUUGCUGGGUUUUGUCGGUGCUGCUGCUGUGCCAAAAAAAACAAGGGAUAUGUUGUGUGUGCAUAGAAGAUACGAGGUGAAGAAGGUACGCCUCUUUCCAGCAAUGCAUAUUCUGAUUUUCUACAAAUAUUUGUGCCAAGAGUUAUCAAUAAAAAAGUUAAUCUAUAAAA